AUGCUUCCAGCUGUAAUACUCGCCCUGACGACGCUCUCUGCGGCUGCGGCAGCUGCCAAGUGCCGUAGCGAUCAACCACGAUGCCCAAAUGAGAACACUUGCACCACAACCACAGGGAAUGGAGCCGUCUUCCAGAUGAAGUGCGCCACAGACUACAAUGGGAUUAUUAUUCAGUCCACCCAGGCUGGUUCGUAUGCUGACUGCGCAAGUGCGUGUGCGUGGGUCACGGGCUGCAAGGCCUUCAAUUACAAAGGCGAAUUCUGCUAUCUCCUCGGAGACUCGCUAGGAACUGCCCGCACGUCUGACUCCGUUGCCGCAGGUGUGAUGACCACGGCCGGCACGACCACGUCAUCAAGCUCAAAUGCCUGCAGCGAAGUUGUCGACUGCGACGUUCCCGGUACUAAUGAUUGUACAUACACCACCGCAGCCGGAACCUUCAAGACAAGUUGCGACACUGACUUCUACGGCAAUGAUAUCGGAAUCACCUCAGCGGAUAACUUGAGUCAGUGCAUGAAGAACUGCGCAAGCACUACUGGCUGCAAAGCUGUGUCUUGGUCAACUGGAACCUGCUAUCUCAAGAGCAUUGGAUCCAACGGCAUCUUCAGCCAAUGGGUUGACGAUAUCCAAUGCGGUCUGAAGGAUGAUACUGCCACGUGA